AUGGACUCAACGCCGGAAAUAUUACCAAUCGAUACUCUCCCUAGCGGAAUGCAUACCACGAAUACCUCAACCGGCAUUUUCCCCUCCCUGACGGACGGGUAUAUUGCCGAAGGCACCAACACUGGAAACAAAACCUACGAACUUGACUCUCAGGUUUCCAAUUAUGUUUCUGAAGCUCAAGAUGUACUCGGCUCCUAUGAAAUUUCCCCUGAAGCAGUCGUUAUUGCCGCAUGGGCUUGCACCGUUUCCAAGUAUAUUGGAGAAGACGAUGUUUCCUUCUACGUCUUCCUAGAUGGCAAAUUCAAUUGGAAAUUUUCGAUCUGCCGUUUAAAUCUCCAUGAAUCCCAAACAAAACUGCAACUCCUCCAACGGACACAGACCUUCCUUAAUGAUAUCAAGGUCCGAGGUAUACCCGUUAACGAUUCAUUCCAACACGAGUCGUAUGAAUUGUUCAGUGAGCCCGCCAAUACAGCGGUUAUAUAUUCUAAUGGGCUUUGCGAUAGCGCUUCACCUACACUCGAGCAUAUAAUGCAUAAGAAAAAGUUUCUUAGCCUUAACGUUUUAAAAGGCAGAGGUGGCACAGACUGCUAUAUGGGCUAUCAACAUUGCAUGCUUUCGGAUGGACAAGCGAUCAACGUUAGUACGACAUUCGUCACAAUUUUUUCUAGCCUAGGAAAGGAAUUGAACAUUUCCAUUGGAUGCAUGGAUUUCAUGAACCAAUCUCACCUGGACCAAUUGUGGAAAUUCAACGAUACUGUCCCUGAGAAACCCUGGAGCGAAUGCUUUCAUCAGGUGGUCGAGCGCCAUGCCCUAGAUAGACCGUUGGCGCAGGCUAUAGACGCAUGGGAUGCGCAACUUACGUACCAAGACUUGUCUAGGUUGACAACUCGUCUUGCACAAUAUCUCCAAACCCAAGGUGUGGGCCCUAGGGUUAUCGUCCCAAUUUGUUUCGAGAGAUCAGCUUGGGCGAUAGUUGCCAUGCUAGCUGUCUCUAAGGCCGGAGGUGCCUUCGUCAGCAUCCCGCCUUACCUUCCACUUGGCAGACGGGCGGCUAUAAUUCAAAUGGUUGGGCCGACAAUAGUGUUGACGACGUCGGACCAUGGCCAUCUCUGGACCCCCGGGUUUAACUGGAUUCCGAUAGAAGGUGACCGUAUUAAUCGCUUGCCAGCUUGUGACACCGCAUUAAUCUCGAGUGUAAAACCGACAGAUAUGCUCUACGUUAUUUUCACCAGUGGUUCAACAGGCGUGCCAAAGGGGUGCAUGGUUUCACAUUUGUCCUUCCUGAAUGGAGCCCUUAAAAAGGCGCCCGAGUGGAAGUUUGGGCCAAAUCGCCGUGUCCUUCAGAUGCUAAGCCACACAUUUGACAUGAGCCUUCUCGAGAUUUGCACUAGUCUAGGUUCUGGAGCAUGCGUAUGCGUGCCUCGGACGGAAGAGAUUGAGGAAGGCCUCUCUCAUGCGAUCAAUAAGUACAACAUAACGUUAGCGGUCAUGACUCCAUCGCUUGCCCGUAGAUUGGACCCUCACACUGUACCCGGCCUAAAGGUUCUAUGUCUAGGAGGCGAAGCAUUUCCCAAGGAAAUUGUCACGCUAUGGUCGGAGAAAAUUAAUCUGUUCCAAUUCUACGGUCCCAGCGAGUGCUCUAUAAAUUCAUCGACCCGGGCAAUUACUCACAGAAACACUGACCCUUCAAAUAUCGGGGUUCCAAAUAACGCGGCGUGCUGGGUUGUUAUGCCAAAUAACUAUAAUAAGCUCGUCCCCGUUGGUGCGAUUGGAGAAUUGCUCGUCUCUGGGCCUAUUGUUGGAUUAGGAUACCUCAAGGACCCAGUCAAGACAUCUCAGGUUUUCCUAGAUGAUGUGGUAUUUUUGCAAAGUGAUCCUCGGUACAAAAAUUUCUGCUGCUACAAAACCGGCGACCUAGUCCGCUGGAACUCUGAUGGAACCCUCACAUUUUGCGGUCGAGUAGACGCACAAGUGAAACUUCACGGUCAGCGCCUAGAACUCGGAGAAGUUGAGUUCCAUUUGACUCUCCACAGUGAGGUCCGCCAUGCCGUGGCGAUAGUUCCCAAGACUGGGCGGAGCCAAAACAAUUUAAUUUCAGUCAUUUCUUUGAAGUCAAACCCGGGAAGUCGCAGCAUGACCAACAACAUGUCACUGCUUAAUGAUCAAUCAAUUGAUACAGUCGCUCGAUCUCUCCGAGCCCAGCUGCAGAAUGCACUACCAAGAUAUAUGGUGCCAACGAUAUGGGCGUUUGUCGAGUCCAUGCCCAUGUCAGCUUCUGGGAAAAUAGAUCGUGUCAGAGUGCGGAAAUGGGUCGAAGACAUGUCAGAGACAACAUUUUCUGAAAUAACUGGGACUAGGCCUGAGUUUAUGGAUAACGCUGAGCCUACAACCCAUAUUGAAUGGGUAAUCCAGGAAGCCUGGAGCAACGUUCUCGGGUUAUCUCCACAACGGGUUGGCCUUCAUCAGUCUUUCAUCCAACUCGGCGGAAACUCCAUUCUCGCUCAGGAAGUCGUUGCUAAAUGCCGCAAAAAUAGCGUCGGCCUAACAAUAAUGAACAUUCUGACGUGCGAGGGGGUCUCCGCGGCCGCAGUUAUGGCGACUUCACUUACCAAAAUUAAUACUCCAAGCAAAUCAGACUCUGUUGUCCGUUUUCAAACAGCUUGGAAGAAACUCCAGCAGGAUUACAGUCUUUCCUAUCUGAAAGUUUCCCACUUUGACGAAAUUGAAGACGUAUACCCAUGUACUUCGAUGCAAGCGGGCAUGUUCAUUGGCCAAAUCCGUAAGCCGGGGUCAUAUCAUCUUCGCUUCUUUUACAAGGUUAGGUCUAAGACGGGGAGUUUGCUUAGCUUUGCAAAGGUGGAAGCUGCAUGGCGUAGAGUUGUUGCUCAUCAUCCAUCGCUUCGCACAAUCUUCGUGGACGAUCUUGGAGCUGACGCUGCCUAUCAUUCAGUUGUGAUACGGCAGCCUCGGGUUGACCUUCGCGUGCAUGAGGUGCCAGCAAAUACAUCCUCAUCUGAUGCCAUGGAAAUCUUCACUCGUUCAGUAGAGUCUUUUAAAAAAGGCUCGCCCUUCCACCGAGUGACCGUAUGUGUGUGCGAUAGCGAGGUCACCUACUUGAUGGUGGAAAUUUCUCACGCCCUGGUGGACGGAGCCGCGAUGGAAGCUCUUAUGAGAGACUUUGCUCAUGCUUGCGAUGAGAAGUCGCUUUCUCACCACGCUCCAAGGUAUCGCGAUUUUGUGGAAUACACGGCCACACGGAACAGCGAGGCAAGUGCUAAAUACUGGACGGCUUAUCUUGAGAAUUGCCCGCCAUGCAUGAUUCCAGUAAACACACGGAUUGCCUUCGACUCUUCACCAACUUGCUUCUUGCGAAAAGAUUUCGAUUAUGAAAGAAGUGAUAACUUCUUAUCCAGCUGCAAGGAGAAGCAUAUAACUAUAGCAUCCGCGAUUAGAGUUGCAUGGGCAUUGGUCCUUCGGGCCUAUACUGGUUCUCGAGAUGUCUCUUUUACUUAUGUUGCUGCUGGAAGGGACGUUCCAAUCGAGAAUAUUGAUCAAAUGAUUGGACUAUGCCUAAGCAUACAGCCUUGUCGUGCGCAGUUCGUACCCGAUGCAACCUUGGCAACUCUUGCGAGGAAAAUGCAACAGGAGUACAUUGAGAGUAUACCAUACCAACACUACCCCUUAACAGAGCUAAAAGGUAGACUCUAUCCUGAAGGCAGCGAGGCAAUGUUCAAUACAGCGGUAUCAAUGGAGUGGACAGCUAAAACGGAUCCGUAUGCUGAGUCUUCUUUAGUCCUUGAGGAAAUCAGGGAGCAGGAUGACCCAACGGAGUACGACCUAGUUGCCAACGUCGAUAUUUUGCACGGCCAGAUCAAACUUGGCUUCUUAUACUGGCCAUCCCUUACUGAUACCGACGUAACAUACAUCGCGAAUACAUUUAAGAAGGCUUUAAAUUGCUUCCUUGAGUCUGUCGAUGCAUCCAUCGAUUCUAUAUCGUUGCUUUGCGAUAGCGACUUUAACAAAAUGGAUUCCAUGCAGCAUCCACCACUGAAUGCGGUGGAAAUGAGUGUACUCGAUGCUGUGGAGGGGCAGGCGACGUCACAGCCAGAUCUCCGAGGCAUCCUAUCCUGGGAUGGAGAAUUCUCCUACAACCAAAUGGUAAAAUGGUACACGAGACUUGCGAAGUAUCUAAUCUGCCAAGGUGUGAACCGUGGGGAUCAUAUUGUCGCAUGUCUCGAUAAAUCAUGCUGGUCUAUCAUCACUCUACUUGGAAUCAUGAAGGCCGGUGCUACUUUUGUAGCUGCAAACCCACUUCAUUCGCAGCAGCGCCUUAAGGCUAUUGUUGAGCACUGUUGCGCGAGACUUGUCGUUACUGAAUCCAAGUAUAUUUCACUUUUUGAUACCACCGAAACUCCAACGAUUGCGGUAGGCAAGCAAGAUGUCGAAUACUCCGUCCCAUCUACCGAGGUUUGCUUACCUGUAAUAAAUGGCACUGACAAAGCAUCGAUCGUCUACACCUCGGGAACCACAGGAGCCCCUAAAGGGAUCGUUAUAGACCACGGGUCUCUCGCCACAAGCAUAUUGGUUGGACACGGACGAAGUUAUAAAUUUUCCCGAGAGACGCGAACGCUGCAAUUUGCAUCCUUUACUUUCGAUGCCUCUCUGCAAGAAAUCCUCACAACUUUGGCACAUGGCGGUUGCAUAUGUGUGCCUUCUGAAGAUGAGCGACUAUCAAAUCUCUCGCAUUGCAUUAACCAGAUGCAAGUGAAUUUGGCAUUAUUUACACCAACUGUGGCAAGACUAAUUAGACCUCAAGAUGUUCCCUGCCUGAAGACUUUGAUUCUCUGUGGCGAGCAAAUGUCCCGCCAGGAUGUAGCAACAUGGGCUGACUUUGUUGAUCUCUACAAUGGAUAUGGUCCAGCUGAAACAACCAUAUGUGUUUCUGUAAAAGGUCCAAUUAACCCAGCUGAUGAUCCCACAAACCUCGGCCAUGCGGUAGCAGGCACCCGUAUCUGGAUUACAGAGGUAACAGACGAUAACCGGCUUGCCCCUACUGGGUGCGUAGGGCAGCUUGUUGUUGAAUCUCGUCAAGUUAGCCAGGGCUACCUCCGUGAUUUACAGAGGACAACGACCUCAUUCAUUCAUCCGGCCUGGCUUCCUCAUGGGAGAGUGUACAAAACAGGAGACUUGGGACGACGAAACGCUGAUGGCAGUCUCACCUACUGUGGACGCAAGGACACACAAGUUAAAAUACGCGGCCAGCGGGUUGAGCUUGGCGAAGUUGAACACCAUGUGCGUGAGUGCUUUCCGGACGUAUCAGCAGUAGUGGCGGAGGUGAUCCGGCCGGCUGGAGAAGACAAGACGGUGCUUGGUGCGUUCCUAUGUUCCAGCGCAGGUAUAGACUGUGUGUCAGCUGGGAAUCAACAUGCCAUAGAGGAGGUUGUUACUGAAGUCCGGCCUUUGUGGACGUCAAAGAGUGUCAUACAACAGCUGGAAGAUCGCCUACCAUGCUAUAUGGUUCCCGCAGCAUUUUUCGCCGUGUCCGCAAUACCAAUCACUGUGAGUGGCAAAACAGAUCGACAUCGCCUGCGUGAGAUAGGCUCCGCUUUCUCAGUUGAACAACUCGCACAGACGAACAAUGAACAUGGUCGAGAUAGGCGGUCGCCUUCAACUAAGAUAGAGCUGCAGCUGCAACAGUUAUGGGCCACCGUGCUAAAUGUUGAAAAGGACCAAAUCAGUUUGGACAGUAGUUUUUUUCGUCUUGGUGGAGAUUCUGUCUCGGCCAUGAAAGUGGUCGCGGCCGCGCGGAAGACCGGUAUCAUAUUAACCGUAGCAGACAUAUUCCGCCAUCCUCAUAUUGAUGAGCUGGGUAGAAUGGCUAGAUCUUCAUCUACUCCGACAGUAAACCCUCUUGUCGCCGAGCCAUUCGUGCAUUUCGACACAGGAAACCUGAAGCACAUCAUAUCACUUACACAGCCUGGCCCUUACGCCAGAGAUGUUUCUAACAUCGAAAAUGUCCUCCCAGCCACUGAUGUACAGGCAUUUUAUGUCGCGCGUGCAUCCGAAUCCUCCCAAGAGGCCCUUAACUACUUUUAUCUUGAUUUCAAGGACGACCUUUGCUUGAACCGUCUGAACAAAGCUUGCUAUGACAUAACUGAUCAUUUCUCUAUAUUACGCACAAUAUUUGUCUUAUUUUGUGGCAAGACAUAUCAAAUCAUCCUCCGCAAACUCAAGACAGUCCUUCAAGUUCGUGACGCCGAGGAAGACUUGUGCCAAGCAAGUGAUGCGUUCUGUCUUAAGGAUCUAGAAAACGGAGUCAACCCUGGUUCACUCUUUUGGUCGCUCACGCUCAUUCGGCAUCCAUAUUCGGGGUCUCGACUCAUUUUCCGCAUUUCUCACGCUCAAUAUGAUGGCAUGUCGUGGCCUCUUAUCCUAAAGUGCUUUAGGGAAGCCUAUUUAGGAUUGUCGUUGAGUCCAACUUUGAGCUUCUCCAGCUAUGUAUCGUAUAUACUCGAACGAGCCGCCCAGUCGCGCAAGUAUUGGACUAAACUCCUUCAGGGAUCAAGAAUGGCCCAGAUUUCCACGACAUUAGCAGCACACCGCUCGCCACAAGCGGAGACCCUCAAAACCCAUAUUGGAAAAACUCUCCCAAUGCCCAUUUCACCAAAAGGAAUCACUGUUGCAUCCCUUGUGAGCUCCGCUUGGUCACUUGUCCUUAGGAACCUUACUGGAAGUAUGGAUGUCGUGUAUGGUUUCAUCGUCGCCGGGCGCAACGCUAGUAUUCCUCAGAUUCAGGAAGUUGCUGGGCCCUGCAUGAAUACCGUCCCAGUUCGAAUCCGUUUCUUCCCGGCAUGGACAACUACCGACCUUCUGCAUCAUGUCAUGGACCAGCACCUUUCCAUGGGGGAAGCAGAUUCUUUGGGAUUUCAGGACAUAGUACAGAACUGCACUCAGUGGCCAACUGAGACUAAAAUUGAUUCGCUGCUCCAGUACCAUGAUAUUGACGAAACCCCAGAAAUUUCCCUGUCCGAAGACGAAAGCUGUAGCGUUGCAAAGCUGGACUGGUUCAGAAAGCCGUAUGCUGUACCGACCAAUAUCGAAGUAUCAGCGCGGCCAAAAGGCGACCGCCUUGAGAUAUCAAUUACUGCUGACGGUCGCUUGAUUGAUAUGGAGUCAGCAAACAUAGUUUUAACAAUGUUUGAGAGUGCUAUAAACAGCCUUUCAGGUGGCCGUGAACUGAUGUUGACAAAAAUGAAAUUUUCAUCUCUCACAUCCUGCCCGCACCACCAACCAAAAGCACCUGACAUCUGUGCAUCUGCUUACUUGACCUUCCAGGUACUGCGCUUGAUGUUCAAGAUGGGAUAG